UAAUAUUGUCAAAGCACUCUACUAUAAAUAUCGAAGCACAAAAAAGAGUAGCAACAACUUCAAAACCCUUUGUAGGUAAUAGCCAUGGGAAUUCUGUCAUGGUGGAAAGGCGACAACAAAAAAGAAACCCCUAAACCCACUCAAAAACCCGACCCGAAUACCCACAUAUCUUCCGACCCGAAAGCCCAAGACCAAAUCACUUCGGACAAACCGGAAGUUCCGGGUAUGAACGGAGCAGUUGAGGUUGUGAGGCCGUACCCGCCGCCAACGGAUAUAACCGUAUUCGAAUUCGGGUCGGUUGCGGCUUCAGUUGAUAAGGUUACACUUGCUGGAUAUUGUCCUGUUUCUGAUGAGCUUGAGCCUUGUCGUUGGGAGGUUUUGCCCGCGAGUGGGUCCGACGCGCCUCAAUUUCGCGUGGUUUUCUGAUUUUUGGGGGUUGUGUGGAAGAGAAGACUUGUGCAUUUGAGUUUUCUUAGUUGAGAAAAUUGGGGAAAAAAGGUUCUUUUUUCUGAUGAAUUUAGUGUAAUUUUACUGAACACGACGUACUGAAAUACCCUAAUUUUGUUGGUUAA